GCGCACUCUUACCAGCCAAUCACAUCAAGGGAAUAAUUUACAAUCUUCUACAGGCUGCAUUAGUGCUAUGUAAACCCAUUUACAUCUUUAGAAUAUUUUAUUAGUGUAGUACAAGUUCAUUCCCUUUCUUUAGCACUUUUUAGUAAAUAGUGUAAUGGAGGAAAUGCUUGUAAACGUAAAGAAAUGGAUUGAAGAAAACAGAACUGCUUUCUUGCCUCCUGUGUGCAAUAAGCUUAUGCACCACCAUCAGCUGAAUGUAAUGUUUGUUGGUGGACCAAACCAACGGAAAGAUUAUCAUGUUGAAGAAGGAGAGGAGUUAUUUUACCAGCUGGAAGGAGAUAUGUGCCUGAAGAUAGUAGAAAAUGGACAACACAAAGAUAUCUGCAUUAAAGAAGGAGAGAUAUUUCUCUUGCCAGCCAGGAUCCCACACUCUCCUCAGCGAUACAAAAACACUGUGGGAUUGGUGAUUGAAAGGAAAAGGCUAAAGACAGAAACUGAUGGUCUAAGAUACUAUGUUGGAGAGUCAACUGAUGUUCUUUUUGAAAGGUGGUUUUACUGUGAGGAUCUUGGUACACAACUUAUCCCGAUAAUCCAAGAGUUUUUCAGCUCAAGGCAGUAUCAAACUGGAAAGCCCAAUCCAGGUGACCUUUUGAAAGAAACUCCAUUCCCACUAAAUGACACCAAGGUCAUGGAUCCCUUUUCCUUGAAAAGCUGGUUGAAUGAUCAUCAUGUUGAAAUCCAACAGAAGAAAUCUUUGCAACUUUGGGGGGAUAACUUUGAAACUGAGGUUUUAAUUUUUGGACAAGGAAUAACUGAAGAGAGAGGAAAGAAUGCAGAUAUAUGGAUAUGGCAGAUGGAAGGCACAUCUGUUGUUACUAUAGACAGUAAACCCUUGACUUUAGCAACUGGAGACAGUCUUCUCAUCCCUGUACAAACUGAGUUUCAUUGGAAGAGGGCAGAAGGAUCCAUUGCUCUUCAUGUUGUUCAGGAUCCACAGAAGAAAAGACCCUAUGCCUGAGUGCUAUUUACUAACAAGAUACAUAAAUCAACUUCUUGGGGGGAAAUGUUAGCUUUAUCAUGUCACAAAAGGACACAGUUUACACAGUGAUCACAAUAUAUAAAAAUUCCUCAAGGGAGCCAUACAAGUUUACCAUUUUUAUAUACAGGUAAACUUACUUAAGUCACUUAAGGGAUUAGAGAUAUAUGCUAUCACUGUAUUACUUGCUUACAUUUUAGGGAAAGGGCUACCUUAAAAAGCAUAGCUAGUAGUAAGACCUGUUUUAUCAAACAAAACAUCAUGUACAAAUCCAGUAAUGCAAUACAUGUUACAUUAGCAGGGCUGUUUGGGGCAGGAGUGGCAAUGUCUGUCUAGGGAGCCAACAGAGCUAGAAUGAUACUGGUAUUUUUCAGCAAACAAGCUGCCAGUCAUUACCAAAUUCUCCUCCUCUCUCCUGCAAUAUCAAGGAUUUUAAAAAAUAGCUUGGGGGGUGACAUUCAAGAGGAAAGCUCCAGCCUCCAUUGGCUGCAACAGCAAAGAAAGCACUUUGUCCCCCCACCCCACCCCAAGGCUCUAAGAAGUUGCUUCCUGUUUUCCAAAAACAGCAAUGCUUCUUGAUUCCCUUUUCUUCUUGUUGUCUUUGCCCAAGAGGCAACUAAAAUACAAUCUCAAUUCUCUAGAUCACAAGGCAGUAGAAACCAACAUCAAAACACUACAUAACUAAGGAAAGAAAAUAAAACAUAAGAGGCUACCUAAGUUGUACAGUCACUGGUGUUACCCUGGCAUUCCCUUCUCUGGAAUGGAUGGGAGCCUGCUGGAACUUUGAAAAAGAGAGAGUCUGGUCAAGGCAGAUUUCAUUCUGUUUUUUCUCCUGUUCCUGGACCUUGGCUUGUGCACUUCUGACUAGGUAUCCAGAUCUUUUAAUCCUGCCUGUCCCAGCUGGGUGUGUUUCAUUUUAACCUAUUGUGAAAUUUGGCAGGGGCUUUGCAACCCUUCUCCAAUAAAAUUGAGUUGCAUAUCCCAAACCAUUUAUAACCUAGUUCAGAAUAUUUACAUAGCUAUCUAUUUUAGCCCUUCCUGACGGGUGGGCAAAUGGUCAUCUUUAUCCUGCCUGUUUGUCUCCAUAAAGGAAACUCAUAUGCAAGCCUGCAAUCUGAGAGGUUUUAUUGCUUCAUUUCCCAGGAAAUAAUGUUUUCCCUGAGACCAUGGACUCCUUGAGCAUCAUCAAGGUAUCUGGAUGCCAAAAUGACACUAUUACAGAUUGAAGUACCACUUUAAUUUGUACAAUCUGUACAAUAGGGUCACCUUUUUGAAUGGCUCUCUCUGCUUAAAAUAAUACUUCCCUACAGAUACCAGGAAUAAAGGCUUAGCAUAGCCUUGAACCUGAUGUUUUAUGUCUCCUACUUGGUUCUGUGACUGGAUGGGGAGGUGGUGCAAUACAAGAAAGUAAGGAGGGAGAGAGUUUAGCAGGCUUUGAUGUGAACAUUUGACUCCCCUCUUUACACAUGAAUGGGGCAGGUAUAUGAUCACAGUACUGCUGUCCUGGACAAUAAAUCCUUGUCACGAGGAGGGGCUGUAACAUUUGCAUGUGAUGCCAAACUAUCUACAGCCAGUUUGUAUGGGGAGGAGAGGAGAGCUGAAACAUCAUGGCCAGGAAAGAUCCAGCCCUUGGACUGGAAGAAAAUCCCCAUCCUUUUUUAAGUUACCCUCAUUCUUUUCAUGCACUUUGCCGCACCCAUAUUUACAGUAAUUAAAGGAGGAUUUUCCUUCUCAUAAUGUUUGGAUUCUAAAAAGAACCUCUUAUUCUGUAAACAGAGACUUCUAUGUCACCUAUCCAAAGAACUGGCUUAAAAGAGUGCUCCAGGUGGAGCAGUGCACCCUGGCCACAGCCCUGCUGCAAUUAUAUCUGGUUUGGCCUUGAAUCUAUAAUGUGUAGAACUGAACUUAGGCAAGGAAUCCUCUACUGCUCAUGCUUAGAAGAGUUACAGGCAUCCAGAAAGCUGUAAGUGGGAUUCACAGGGUAAGCAAUUUGCUUGAACCUCAUAACACAGAAUUUCUGUGAUAUUCCCUUUUUAUAUAUAGGUAUGAUGUAAUUUUAUAGACCAAGCAAUUCCCACACAUUCACAUUAAAAAGGAUAGAACAGAAAAGACUUUAUACAAGAUAUUCUAUCACAAGUUAUUGCUUUGGCCAGGAGAUCAUGUAUUUUAAUUUCACAGUUCUGCUAGGAAUAAGCUUUUGCAACAUGAACCAUCACCUUUAUAUAACGUUGUGUCAGAAGUUUUGGAACAGACAUGGCAUCACUAGCAAUAUCAGAUUUCAUUAAAAAGUUGGAGGAUUUCAAUAUAAAGUAUGAAAACUCCUAUUUAUGAUUUCACAAAGCUCAAAGGAAAGGGUCGGAAACUAAACAUUAAGACACCAAGGAUAAUGAUAUUGGAUGAUUUCUACUAGAGAAUGCCAAAGGGUGCACAAGUAUUAAGAAAUUGAAUUGAUGCUUGGAAAAAAUAAUUUUUGAUCAAGAAAUAUGGAACUGGUGAAGUUUUGAAAACAGAGGUUAGCAAGAGCAAUUGAUACAGAUACCGGGUAGGUUACAAUCAGUUGUUCAGCGUGAUAGAUUAUGCUAUCAGUCUUGUUCUUGGCCCAAAACAUGCAAUGGUGAAUGGAAUAUAUUUUCUAGUGAUUACAUACUCUCUCAAAUAUAUAUACACACGCACACAAGACUGGCUUCAUGACUACACACUUCUUUGGCAAACAGAUUAAGGAAAAUUAGGACAAACUAAAGAAAACCAGAUUUAACACAACCUAAUAAGAGAAGAAUUGCAGAAGAGAAAACCUGAAAAUAAAACAGCUAAUAUUGUAAUGCCACUGCAGAGAUAUAUGGUGCCGCCUCAUUUGAAAUAUUGCCCCCCCUCCCCAAUUUGGCAUGAAGAGACAGGCAUAAGACUUGGGUACAAAUCUGGACCAUUUAUUGACCAACAUUAAACUUAAUAAUGGCAAGGGCAUCACUAAUGGUACAGGUCAGGAGGACCAAGGGACCUCCUCCCUAACCUGUCUGGGUGAGUCACCCACUGCCCCAGGUGCGAGCCAUCCAUGCACAUGGCUGUAACCUGGCUGGCCAGGCAAAUGGUUUCUCACUUAAAACUCCAAGCACCCCAAGCCAGGGAACCUGAGGGAAGGACUCAUACAGGGGGUCCCACAGGCUGUUUACCCUCUCAACUGGCUGUGGAAAGCCUGCCAGCCAAUUCCUAACAAACCCCAAUUCCCCACCAAUGGGGAGGUGCCACUGGGUGCUCACUAGCCGCUCUGUCUACCUAAAUAUAACCUGCCACAGCUAGGGCCAAGCCUCUGCAUAGGCCCUUGCACCCCACAGUUGACCUAGUGCCAACCACUGCCCUUGCCGUAGGUUACCGCAGAAUAUUGUGUUGCCCUUCACCAAUAAGUGAACACCACCACCUCUGUAGAGGUCAGCAACCUCAGCCCUUAUGCCAGGAAAGGGCAAAUAAAAACCCCUCCUGCUCCCAAAGUUUCUUAAAGGGCCAUAAUGGCCUUAUGCCACACCCUCUUAUCACUUCUGUAGAGGUUGGCAAAUGCAGCUUUUAUGCAGGCGCACAGAAAGUAGAUGCUCAUCCCCUCCCCACAGCUUUCUCUAGGGCUCUGUUAGCCGCAUGUCUGGCCCUCCCAAGGCUGUUGACUGUAUGCCUAGCCCCUCAUCUAGGGGGUCUCAACCUUCCCACCACCUUGAUGGGGAAGAACUGUAGACCAAGGUCAUCACCACCCAGUGGUGAAUGACCCUUCCUGCCACCAUGACAGGAAAGCAUUGUAGACCAAGGUCAUUACCACCCUGGUGAAUGACCAGGAUGUGAGGCGGAGUACCAUACCUCCCCUCAUACCAUCAGGCCACUACUUGCCUGGGCGCUGCAAGCCUGUGUGAGCCUGUAAGGAAAGGGUCAUGCCCUAUGAGCCAAGGUCAUUACCACUCAGUGAAUGACCAGGACGUGAGGCAGAGGACCGCACCUCCCCUCAUACCGUCAGGUCACUACUUGCCUGGGCUCUGCAAGCCUAUGUGAGUCUGUAAGGAAUGUGUCAUGUCUGCCCCAUCUAUGCCAUUAUUUGAUGCUGACCUGUAUUACUGAACCAGUGAUUCAUGCUAUAACUUGAUGUCAUAUUGCCAUGCCAUAACUGCUUUGCUUUCACAGACUUGCUUUGCGUUCACAGACUCACAGUAACUGCAGGUGCCUUAUCAAAGGAGCUCUCAGUGCAUCUGACCUUGUACACUGCUCACUCCCAUGAGUACUGUGUCUCAACUUUGAUCUCCUGCUUUCUCGUUGUCUAGACUUGAUAACUGAAAUAUGUGAGAAGUUCUCAGGAAUGGUUCCCACCAAAAAUAUAAUUGCUGUUGGGGGGGGGGGGGAGUGAUUAUCUUUAAGUAGAAUGGUUUUCUCUUGUAUUGUUAUUCCUGUCAAAUUGAUCCUUACUGCUUAGUAACUUACCUUGCUUCUGAGUAACCCUAUGGUCAUACCUGUGAAAAUGAUUUGAUUUCUGAAUAAAACCAUUUAACCAAGA